GUGUGUGGAUCGAGUGGCUACCCACUCUGGCUUAAUUCUUGUGAGACUUCCCUCAGGAUCCUUGACCUUUUAUUGUGAGUGAUAUAAUCUUGUUGAAUGAUUGAGCAAUUUACCAACGUGUUUGUUCCCUAUUUAUAACAUGCUUUAAGGCAGAUCUGGAGCAUAUUUUCUGAGAAAGUAGAAAGUGUCUUCUCAACAUGACUCCCAAAAAGAUUCGUGCUGAAGUGAGGUUCAGAAAUGAAUCAAAGUUUUCAGGACUUUAUUCAGGCUCUGCAGAAGUUUCUUCUUUAGAUCCCAAAGAGAAGGUCAUCUCUCACAAAAGUAAUCCUGGUCUUUCUAAGCUGCUUGUGGCCUCAUUGCUGAUACUCUUUUUGCUGAAGACAAUCUUAUCAUCUGUCCCUUCUAUCAUUUUAUUUCAAAAAUAUUCUCGGCAUCUUGAAGAAAAAACGAAUGUAAAUGGACUAGUUCAUACAGAAUUGGAGUGUGUGAAAAGCAAUUCGACCACACAAGAAAAGGUUUGGAGCUGUUGCCCAAAGAAUUGGAAGUCAUUUAGUUCCCACUGCUACUUUAUUUCUACCCACUCCAAACCAUGGAAUGAGAGCAAGGAGAGCUGCUCUAGCAUGGAGGCUCAUCUGCUGGUGAUCAACACUGAAGAGGAGCAGGAUUUCAUCAUCCAGAAUCUGAAAAAGGAUAUUGAUUAUUAUAUAGGACUGUCAGAUCCAGAAGGUCAGCGAGAUUGGCAGUGGGUCGAUCAGACACCAUACAACGAAAGUGUUGCAUUCUGGCAAGAAGGUGAGCCCAAUGAUGAGAACGAGCAUUGUGUUGAGUUAAGGCAUUUUCAUUAUAGAAGAUGGGGCUGGAAUGAUAUCUCUUGUCAUCUUGGAAAAGGGACUGUUUGUGAGAUGAUGGAGAUCUACUUAGGAAAUACACGUUCUCUGUAGUCAUGUAGUCUGAAUCGAACCCAUCAUUAUAAAGAUAGCUAAUAACGUCUCUAUGUGUAAGAGAUACUUGUAGAAUUUUAGAGAUGUGAUCAACUAUUUCAUUUGUGAAAAAUUCCACGUACUUACGUUUUUAGUCAUUCAUCAUGUCAUGCUAAAGUGGGCACUGACUGAGCCCUUUUCAUGUGGCAGAAACUGCGGCAGACCCCUUUUGCACACAAAGUCUCAAGAACCUCUUUCCUAAUUUGUUUCUGAAAUUGUUUACUCAUGUUACAAUUUUCAUGUUUACAAUUAUACGAUAUUUCCUCAUGUUUCAUCUAUUUUUUCUUUUUGCUUUACUGUUUUAUAAUUGACAAUAAAAUUAUAAGAACAUAAGCUAAAAGAAAUUGAUUUAAUACACAUAUGUACUGUGAAAUGUUUGCCAUAGUCAGGUUAAUUCACACAUCCAUUACCUAGCAUAAUUACAAUAUUUUUGUGUGUGUAGUAAGAACAUUUAAGAUCUCUCAAGCAAAUCUCAGAUAUACAACAUUGUUAAACAGAGUCACCGUUCUGUAAAGUGACUCUUCAGACAUUGUUGAUUUCUCUCUUUUAUUUUUUGGUACUGGGGAUCAAACUCAUGACUCUGCUCUUGUCAGGCAGGCGCUUAUGCCACUGAGCUAACUCCCCAGCAGUCUCUUAACUGAAUGUUUAUACCUUUUAACUACUGUGUCCCCUUUCCCCCAACCUGGAAUUUCCCUCAAGCCUACUCUGUUUUUAUGAGAUUGAGUACUUUUUUCGUUGCAUUCAAAGUCUUUUUUUAUUGUUUUUUUUGGGCUAAUUUUGCUUAGAUUUAUGGUGUCCAGAUUCAUUUAUGUUAGACAGAUACUCUUUCUUAUAUCACAAAAUAGUUAUGCAUUUUAUGGUAAGAGUUAUAAUAUCUUCUAUUAUACUUAAUAGAAUUCUCCCAAUUUUCUUUGUUAGUCAAAGUAAAGUUUUUAAAUUGUC